AUGUUGUUUUGCUAUAUUUGUCAGUUUUAAUUUUAAAUUUGAUGAGUGCAAAGCGAAAUAAACGCUAAAAAAGUUUCAAUAGCAAGAAAUACACAUUAUUAUGAAAUAAAUAUAGAAAAACAAAAUCGGCUCGCAAAAUCCUUGGAAUGAAUAGUAAACUUUCAGCUGCAAGCUCUCAUUCAGAUUUUAAUUAUUGUGAAAAUCGUGAAAAGUUUAUUCAUACAACAACAACAACAUCAAUGGAUCGCAUGCGUUUUCCAACCAUGAGUAAUCAAGAUAUUCCAUCAAUUUGGCCAUAUGGAGCUUUUCUAUCACCAAUCAUACCAGCACCAAAUAUGGCUCUUCAAUAUGCACUCACUCCAAAUAUGCAAUAUGCAGCAAUGCCAUUUUUUACCACACAAACUAUUCCUAAUGGAACAGUAGCUUCAGGUAAUGCCCAACAACAACAACAAACACAACCGAAUAUAAAUUCCCGAGAACCUGGAAAGAUGACUAUUCAAAUCGGUGUCCAAUGCGUCAAUCAGAACAAUCCUAUUAACAUAAAUUCCAUGAAUGACGUGGCGGCAUCUAUGGGGAAAGUUAAUCUUCAAGUUGAACCACCGGAAACAGGCAUAAAAGAAGAUCUAAAUCUGAGAACUUCCCCAGUGUCAUCUCGAAAUCCAAACAAUGAACCGAGCAUUGCCAAGAAUCUUUCAUCAAUCCUUGGCGGUGGUGGUGACCCAUCCGAUUUCGUUAUAAAUUCAGCUACAUUUGAAAUUUUAAAAGCCCUUGCUUUAUCGGGCAGUGAAACUGCCGAAAAACUCGCCUUCACACAUCGCAAUCGUCCAUGCUUCAAAAAGAUCGACAGUCUGUGUGCCCGUUUGAAACAGGAUCUAGUUCGUCCUGAUGGUGUUUUACCAAAUAUCAACUCGCAAGGCAUUGCAUGGGCUGUUAAAGACUUUAUAUUUGUAUUCACUCGAGUUAUGAAUGCAUGGAUUAUCAUAAAGGGUUAUGUUUACAAUACCCCAGAGGGCUUGAAUAAAGUUCGAUCAGCUUUGAGUCCCGAAUUCGUUCGAAGUUUUUCAGCUUGGCAAGAGACUACAGUGAAUUUUGUUGAUAAUCUUAUUCAAUCAUUCAUCAACUUGGACAAUCUGGUGCAGUCUCAAAAGAAUGUCUAUCAAAAAACAAAUAAUUCAACUCCGAUGAAGCCUACAAGUAAUGAUGAUUCAUUUGAUUAUUCAACUUCUUCGGUGGAUGAUUUUGUUGGAGGAGCUGGAGGAUUGCCAAAGGAAUCUACAACAUCCUUAAACAACAACAACUACAUGUACACUAUGGUUGAAGAUUCGGAUUUGACUCAACGUGAAAAUACCUUAAAUGGAACUUAUUUCAAGACUGGAACUUAUAAUUUCAUUAAACGAGAAUCAUCUGAUUCUACAGAUGGUGGUGGAGUAGCCACGACUUCGAUAGAACAACUCUUUGAUGAGAACUUUGUUAAGACUUUAUCAAAUAUUUCGACUGUCUAUGACUUAUUGCCUGCAUUCAAGGCUCAAAGUGAAAAGAAACUCAAUUGUGAUAUUCGUGUAUUGGAAAAUAAAUUGUCCAAAUUCUCAACUGACUAUGAUCCGAAUUUGGAAAAGCCUUUGGGAAAGGAUCUUGUAAAUAAGUUAAAUGUUUUAAUGGGACGUUUAAUGCAAAUGAAGAAUGGAGAUGUCUUUUUUAAGAUACAAUUUUGCCAAAAUUAUUUUCCAGAAUUUAUAGCACAAACACCAGAUUUUAUGGAUAUUCGUGGAAUUAUUCUGAGAUGCCAAACUGGAGCUUAUGGGCAUGUCUUUGAGGUUGUUCAUGAUAUUAGACUUAUUAUCUAUCAGGCAAAGGAGUAUUUAAAGGAAAAUAUAAACCUUGAACUUGCCGAAGCUGUGAGCUUAUUUCAAGAAGAAGUCGAAAUGAUCAUUGCUCAAGAACCAUUUGAAAAUUAUAACUUUGAUCAUAUCAAAGGUAUUCCAAAUGAAAUUCUUUAUAACAGUGGCAAGUGAAAAUGUAUUUUUUUUUUUUCUUAAAUUUAAUUUUAAAAAUUUGUUUAAAAUGUUUAAAUUUGUUAAAAUGAUCUCAGUGGAUAAAAAUGAUAAGUUUUAUUAUGUACCUAAAAGCCAUCAGCUUUAUUCUUUUAUUAUAAUGUUUUUUCAUCAAAUUAAUGUUCAUUCAUUCAUUUUUUACUUAUUACAACUUUUUUUCAUGCAUAUCUAUAGUUUGUAAGGUGUUUUUAAAUUUUAUCUAAACAAAAAUGUUUAUCCAAAAUUUUUUGAAUGUAUUUUUUUGAAAAUCUCUUACCAUAAAUGUGACUUAAAUAUGAAAUUUGUGUGAUAUUUAUUAUUGAUUGUGAAACAA